UAUGAUUUGUGAAGAUGAAAGGUUUACAUAUAUGUGUUUCUUUUAGCUUAGUUACAGCAAGGAAAGUUAAUGAGCAUUCUCUCCAAAUGAAGACAACAGAACCUUUUUGCUAACAUAGAAAGUCGUUUGUUUCAAACACAGUUCCAGCGGGGAAGUGAGGAGACACAUUUCUUCGCCAGAGGACACCUCCAGGAGAAUGAGACCCUCCUGAGCGAAACAGCCUCACCUCCAAUUCAAGCAACCUCUCUGGCAACAUUCUCCCAAGAGCUGCGACUCGGCAGCCUAAAAAUGCCACUUUUUAGCUGGGUGAAAUGGCCGAAAAAUGAUUCCUACAAACAAACACACUAUGCUGGAUCAGAUGUAGUGACAAAGACUCUGCUUCGGGAAUUAAAAUGGCAUCUAAAGGAGCGUGAGAGAUUAACACAAGAGAUCGAAAAUGAACAAAAAGUUAAAAAUACAGGCGUGGAUUACAACUGGCUGAGAAACUACCAGAAUCCUCAUCCGACCAUCCCAGCUACCGAGCAAAGACAGCUGGAAGUUCUCUGCUCACAACUGCAGCCUUGUCAAACCGGAGCUGUCCUCAGCAGAUUUCGAGAACUCUUGGCAGAAAAUGAUGUACUUCCCUGGGAAAUUGUCUACAUCUUCAAGCAAGUUCUAAAAGACUUCCUCAGCAGCGCUGACAAAGAGGGUCAUCGUGCUGGCCUGUGGGACUCUGUCACCUGUCCCCCAGCCCCUGCGCUACCAGACGAAAGCUCUGAGAGGCCAGACAAAGAUGAAAUACCCACGAUUUCAAGCUAUGUAGACAGAAAUGCCAAGAACAGGUUCCCACCAUGUUCACAUAGAGUAUGGAACCUGCCGUACUAUGACCCACCAAGGUAAGGCGUUGCCAGGACCACGUUACAGUCAGAACACUUAGCAUUAACAAGAGGGAUCAGUAACAUGACCCCAAGUUUCUUUGCUACAAGGUCAGAGGUUAAAAUUCCUAUGCUGCCAACCGGGUUUAAGCAGUAUUUUUUCUAACCAUUCUAAAUACUCGAUAUUUUCAUUGAAAAGUGUGCUUUUAACUAAAAUGUUGUGUAAACGAUUGAAGUAUUUUCUUAUACAUGUCACAGAACUAAUGAAAUUUAAUAAGAAGUUUGACAUAUUCUUUGUGAAACUUAAUUAACCUUGACCUUUACUGAGAGCCCAUGUGUAGAAUAAAUGAU